GGAAGGUGGUGCAGGCGCUGGAGCAGACGGCGCGGGAGAUCCUGACGCUGCUGCAGGGCGUGCACCAGGGGCCCGGCUUCCAGCACAGUGAGUUCCGCGGAGAACGGCAGCGGAGAACAGCCGGGGGGCGGGAGUGCCCCUCGGAGCACGCAGGUGCCCUGUCCCGGGGCCCCUUUUCCAGGUUCCAGUCUCUCCCGGGGCCUUCAGCGUGGGAUUCCCGGAGGCUGCUGGGAAGAGGAGAGCGCAGUGGGAGAUUUCAAGCCAGACAAGUAGUAAAGCUGCCGUUCAGCAUUAUGGACAUCGUUCUGUCCCUUUCUCCCCUCCCCAGUGCGGUGCUUUUCUGUCUCGGUGCAGAGCAGCAUGUUCUUUUCCAGGUGUCACGUACUGGGCUGCUGAGUUGGCUCUUAGGUUUCCCUGUAAGUGACUUGCUCAUAGGUUGUGUUAUCAUCACUUGUUGGGCCUUUGAUCAAUGUCCCCGUCUCAUCUCUUCACCCCACACCCCAAAAAGCUGUGGUCCUGAGCACUGAGGGGGUAUUCAGGAUGGACUGGGAUGGGGAGAACGCACUUCAAUCUGUUCCAAAGAAGUGUCAGAAGGCUCGUGAGCACUUUGGUACAGUGAGGACACAGAUGGAGUCUCUGAAGACCAAGUUUCCUGCUGAUCAGUAUUACAGGUUUCAUGAGCACUGGAGGUUUGUGCUGCAGCGGCUGGUGUUCCUGGCAGCAUUCGUAGUCUACUUGGAGUCAGAAACAUUAGUGACCCGAGAAGCUGUUGCAGAAAUACUUGGGAUUGAAGCUGAUCGAGAACGGGGCUUUCACCUGGAUGUUGAAGAUUAUCUUUCUGGUGUAUUAACUCUGGCCAGUGAGCUGGCCAGGCUGGCAGUGAACAGUGUCACAGCUGGGGACUAUUCUCGCCCUCUCCGCAUCUCAACCUUUAUCAACGAGCUGGAUUCUGGCUUCCGCCUCCUCAACCUGAAGAACGACUCCCUGAGGAAACGCUACGAUGGCCUGAAAUACGACGUCAAGAAAAUUGAGGAAGUGGUUUACGACUUGUCGAUCAGAGGACUCAAUAAGGAGGCAACAGUUGGUGCAGGAGGGGAGAAGUGAAGGAUGCUCAUUGGAACAGCAUCAUCGAUUACCUCAGAUGGUUGCCAAUUUAGGAAGUACCUAGAGAAGCCUUCCGACAGUAGUUUAGAAGAACUGCAGCUCAACGCUGCUCUCUAUUUUCUUACAAAAGGUGUAGUACAGGUGUUAGAUGUUUUGUAAAAUCAUGUCUAGAUUAGGACAGGAGACUGUUUCCGGUGGAAUUCCUCUGUCAAACACAUGGUGCCGUUCUCUGCACAGCAGCAAUAGUAGUCAGUAAUUCCCAUGAGCUGAGAUUCCCAUUAGUUGUGUAGUGUUGCUUCCCUGCUGUCAGGGAAGUGCUGUGGCUGUCUCUGCUCACACACCCUCAGAGGUGUGUGUACAGCACGCAGCUCAGUACAGACACGUGGGAUCUUCUAAGAAACACAGUGUGUAAAUACUGACCUUUUUUUUAAGAUACAUUUUUUUCCUUUUUUUUUCUUAAAUUUUCAUCUAUGUAAGUUGAACAAAUUUGCAUAACUGUUUAUGAACCAGAUCUCUUUUUGAAUGGUUUCUGUUAAUGUACCCCCUGUAAUUGAGAAAUUAGUGAAAAUACUCCUGAGAAUUCCUCUAUUGGAACUGGUGUCUUGCACCCCAGCAUAUCUCUUUUCCCCUCUCUCUAUUUUUUUUUUCCACCAAGAUUUCAGUUACCAGGAAGAGCAAGGUCUGCUUAGGCACCUGCUUUCUCUGUCUGGUAUUUGUUUUACUGGCAUGAGUAAAUGCAGAGUUUUAAAUGAUGAUUUGCCUUGAGAACUCAGUGUAGCCAAUUUUUAUGUUUUUUUAACUUCCAAGUUUUCUGAAUAGAGAAGUGUAAACUGAAAAACUGCAGGUGGUGUCUGAGUUGUAACAACCUGUACAGGCCACAACUGUACCUGUAUCAUGGGAUUAAAAACAAAAAAACACCACAAAACUAUAGUUGGUGUAGUAAAAUGUUUAUAUCUCCAGAAACAGGGAAGUUACUGCUUUCAGGUAAAUAUGUAAGAUGUUUGCAAACACCUACAGCCUCUUUUACGUGUGUAAGUGGACAGACUCAUGCCUGCCCAUGUGUUCAUUCUCUUCUCCUAAAUGACUUUGAGUUUUGCCAUUCUCCUACUUCUGGUGGUGCAGGAGGGUUAAGGAGAACAGCUAACUUAGGAGGUAGAGGAAUACUUCAGAGGGUGAAUAGGAAGUCAAGUUUAUACGGGGUUUGUUCAUUUCGGUUUCUUAGAGAAGAUUUACCACUGAGUUAGGGAGUUGUUUUGUUUAUUGGAAGAAAAUGGUUUCUUGGUUAUUUUGGCCAAUAAAAGCUGUUCUUUGAUUAUG